AUCCAUUUCUCUACCCUAGACCAACGCGCACGAACAUUUGACGGACCAUCCGGCCGUGGACUUGGCGCGGCUUCGGCAAGUCCAGACGCUGACCGAGUACGACCUCCACGUGAGCCGCCAUACAUUUGGGUACAUCACCCCCAUGGACACGUACCGCGAUGCGUCGAGCGCCGCGUACAUCAAGCACAUUGCGAUUCCGACGCUGUGCGUCUCUGCCAGAGAUGACCCCAUCUGCCCACACACUGUGAUUCCGUAUGACGAGUGCCGAUCGAAUCCAAACGUCGUGCUUUGCGUGACUCACUCGGGCGGUCACGUUGGCUGCUUUACGAGCGACCACUUGCUGGACGAUAAGCCAGGCAUGUGGUGCGCCGACGUGAUUGCUCAAUACUGCUACGGUAUGAUGGCAAAAGAACAAGACAACGAAAUCGAGGCCAGUGUACUACUAGUACAUCCUCCAGAACAACGACUCGAACGGCCGGUCAAGCUGGACGAUGGACACUGUACGAGUCGUGUCCUACCACCCUAUUUGGAAUGGGCGCGAGGGGGAGAUACUUCGACUUGGGCGAGCUAACUAACUAUGCAUCUCCA